AAACAAUUCACAGCCCCUGAUCCCCCAGGCCAGGGCCCCGACUGCUCGCCCUGCCCCGAACAGCCAUCUCCGGUGCUGGGUAACCCCCGGCCGCAGCCACCUUUGGUCCCGCGCCGUGUGUCCAGCCACUUCCGUAACCUCUCCUCCUGGCUCCCACCCACAUGCCGGUGCCCAUGCAAAACCAGCGGACCCGGGAGUGGGGUGGAGCUGUGGCACAGCAAGCGGAGCCUCCAGCACGGCCAUGGGAACGUAAGUGCAUGUGAAUGAUCUGCCAGUGAGCCGGGUGUAAAGCUGCAAGCUCGAGGGAGGUGACAGCCAGCCUCCACCAUGGUGUCCAUGGGGCUCCAGCUGCUGGGCUACACCGUGGCCUUCCUUGGCUACAUCGGCACACUGACCACCACGCUGCUGCCCAGCUGGAAGAUCAGCUCCUACAUCGGCUCCAGUAUCGUGACAGCCGUGAGCUUUACCAAGGGGCUGUGGAUGGAGUGUGCCACGUACAGCACAGGCAUCACCCAGUGUGACAUCUACAGCUCCCUGCUCAACCUGCCUGCUGACAUCCAGGCAGCCCAAGCCCUGAUGGUGAGCUCCUGCGCUGUCUCCUCCCUUGCCAGCCUCCUCACUAUCAUGGGCAUGAGGUGCACCGUCUUCAACCAGGGCUCCCCAAGCAAGGACCGUGUGGCAGUGGGGGGCGGCGUGGUCUUCAUCCUUGGGGGCCUGCUCUGCUUCAUCCCACUGGUGUGGAAUAUCCAUGUGGUGCUGCAGGAUUUCCACAACCCCACCAUCCCUGACAGCACGAAGUUUGAGCUCGGGGAGGCACUUUACCUGGGCAUCAUCUCCUCCCUCCUGUCCUUCAUUGGUGGCUUCAUCCUCUGCACCUCUUGCCCUGCCCGGGACCCAACAGCCACCUAUGGAAGCACCUACCAGCCCCGGCUGCUGGCGGGCAAGAGUCCCCGGCCCUCAGUCAACCAGAUGCAGAAGACCAGGAGCGAGAUGAACUCCUACAACCUGACAGGAUACGUGUAGCAGCUGCAUGUAGGAACUAGACUGGCACCUCUCCCAGCUCCCCAAAGCAUCUGGGCUUGCACCAACGGAGUGUGGUAAGAGAGGACACCGCGGCACCUCCUGUGAUCAACCCUCUUGCUCAUGUGCUUGGGGGGGGUUGAUCCCACUCUUUCCCUGGGGAUCCUGAGAGCCUUGUGGCUGUGACUGCUUGGACAUGCCGGCUGGUGACUUAUAUCACUGAAGGACCUCAAAUCCAUCUUCUGUUCCCUCUUCCUUGCUGCCAGCCUGUAGGCAGCCCCUGGCACAGCAGGACAGCACAACCCCAGUGAGUCUGCCUGGAUGGGGAUGGGGGCUUGUGCCCCCAGAGAGCAGCCUGGUGGCCAUGGAGGCAUCACAGCCAGGUCAGGGUGUUUGCAUGGGUCCAGAGUUGCUUUGGCGGAGGGGGGAGGUUGGGUGCUGAUUGCAAACUGAUGUUGCAA